AUGGAAACCAGCCGAGCAGCCAUGAGCGGCAAGGCCUCAGCACUUUCUGGUUACAAAUUAAUUGAAGAAUUUGGAAUACAAAAAUUACAACCAUCUCUGGUCGUAGACUGUUAUGUACGAAAGUCUGGGAAGGAGACGUUAGUAAGUGAACGCUUGUCAGGAUUGUGCCUGCGCGAUAGACCGCAGGCUAAUCUGUUUGGUUUACUUAGUAACUCCAUGUUUAAAGGAGACUCUCAUCCUGACUUGAAGAGGUCUUGCAACACUGUUAAUCAGGAAUUUCGCAUACUGGAAAGAAAAACUAGAACACAGUUUGAAUCUUCUGAAUUUAGUUUACCUGCUAUGAAGAUCAAUUCUGAUAACAAUUUGAUGUAUGGGGAAGAAAACGUUCCAGAAGAACUGCGAGAACCAUUUUACACAGACCAGUAUGACCAGGAGCACAUUAAACCACCUGUUGUUAACUUGCUGCUGUCGGCAGAACUCUACUGUCGUGCUGGGAGCCUUAUUCUCAAGAGUGAUGCUGCAAAACCACUUCUGGGUCAUGAUGCUGUUAUACAAGCUCUGGCACAAAAAGGCCUUUAUGUCACUGACCAAGAAAAGUUGGUGACUGAACGAGAUCUUCACAAAAAACCCAUUCAGAUGAGUGCUCACUUGGCCAUGAUCGAUACUCUGAUGAUGGCAUAUACCGUAGAGAUGGUCAGCGUGGAGAAAGUGAUUGCAUGCACUCAGCAGUAUUCAUCCUUCUUCCAAGCUACGGAUCUACCUUAUGACAUUGAAGAUGCUGUCAUGUACUGGAUAAACAAGGUAAAUGAACAUUUGAAAGACAUAAUGGAACAGGAACAAAAACUAAAAGAACAUCACAGCGCAGAGUCUGCAGGAGGUCAAAAGUCUCCUACCAAAUGGUUUUGGAAACUGGUUCCUGCUCGUUACAGGAAGGAGCAAACAUUGCUCAAGCAGCUGCCCUGCAUUCCGUUGGUAGAAAAUCUGCUGAAAGAUGGUACAGAUGGCUGUGCUUUGGCGGCCCUGAUCCACUUCUACUGUCCGGAUAUCGUUAAACUGGAGGAUAUAUGUUUGAAAGAGACGAUGUCUUUGGCUGACAGCCUAUACAAUCUACAGUUGAUUCAAGAAUUUUGCCAGGAAUACCUUAACCAGUGUUGCCAUUUCAGUCUUGAAGAUAUGCUCUAUGCAGCUUCUUCAAUAAAGAGCAACUACAUGGUGUUCAUGGCAGAACUGUUCUGGUGGUUUGAAGUGGUGAAGCCGUCGUUUGUACAACCUCGUGUUGUUGGGCAUCCCCAAGCUGAACCUUUAAGAGAUACAUCUUCUGCUCAUAGUUUGAAUGCUAACAGAAGACAUUACGUGGAUGGUCCUUGUGGUUCUGACUUCGUAGCCAGAUUGGAUAGUCCAACUUAUGCACCAUCCCAUCAGCUGCAUACACCCCGGCAGCCUUAUUCAUCUGCUCCAGGAGUCAUCAGAAGGUCCUCAUCAAUGUCUUACGUGGAUGGGUAUGUAGGAACAUGGCCCAAAGAGAAAAGGUCAUCAUUACAUGGAGUUUCAUUUGAUAUUUCUUUUGACAAAGAAAAAAGCAUUCCAGUAUCUACUCCAAACACAGGAAUUACUAGAUCCGUGAGCAAUGAAGGCCUUACACUAAGUAUCAACCGCAUGCCGAAACAUAUUAGAAAAAAUCUGUCCUUCAAGCCAGUUAACGGAGAAGAGGAAAACCAAGAUAUUGAAGAAGAAAAGGAUGUGAUAGCUCAUAAAGACACAAAGGCCAUCACUGCAAAUCAAAGAAAUGCCAAUGAGAGCAGCAACUACAGGUUUCCGAACGGAGCUCUGCAAAACAGGACAGUUCUGGAUGAUUUUGGCAAUCAGAUUGAGACACCAAGCAUUGAAGAGGCUUUGCAGAUAAUUCAUGACACUCAAAAAUCUCCCAGAGUUAUCCAGCAAGACCAAAUUACAAAUGGUUUUUUUCUUCACAAUCAGGAAAUGAGCAUCUUAAAUUCAAAUAUUAAACCAAAUCAGUCUACCCCUGAUAUAGUUACAGAUACGAAAGGUGCUCUGAGCCCUGUGACUGACAAUACAGAAGUAGAUACUGGAAUACAUGUUCCGUCAGAAGAUAUUCCAGAGACGAUGGAUGAAGAUUCUUCUUUGAGAGAUUAUACUGUAAGCAUGGACUCUGACAUGGAAGAACCAUCUAAAUUUCUUCAGGAUUAUGACAUACGAGGUAGCAAUCACCGAGAUCAAUUAAGUCCUUGUCCCAGCUCAGUAAGUACCAAAUCACAGGCAGGCAGCAGUGCUUCUUCCAGCUCAGGGGUUAAAAUGACUAGCUUUGCAGAGCAGAAAUUCAGGAAGCUGAAUCACACAGACAGUAGGAGCAGUGGAAGCAGUUCGCAGAAAACCACACCAGAAGGGUCCGAGCUGAAUAUUCCUCAUGUGGUGGCUUGGGCUCAUAUUCCCGAGGAGACACCUGUUCCUCACGGAAGAGACACUACACAGUUACUGGCUUCUGAAAUGGUACAUCUUAGGAUGAAGUUGGAAGAAAAGAGGCGAGCCAUUGAAGCACAGAAGAAGAAAGUUGAAGCUGCCUUCACUAAGCAGCGGCAGAAAAUGGGAAGAACGGCAUUUCUUAAUGUUGUGAAAAAGAAAGGCGAUGGAGCAUCACCUCUCCGAGAAGAAGCAGCAGGAGCUGAAGAUGAGAAGGUGUUCACUGAUAGCAAUCGACUGAAGGAAAAAGAAAGUCAAAAAACAGAUGAACAAAGUAGUAAGACUUCAGAAGUAAUAAAAGAAAACCCUGAAAGUGCUCACAACAGAUGGUUAAAGUCUCCUGCUACUCCUCUGGAUGCUGAAAAGCAAUGGAAUUUAGCAAGCCCCUCAGAAGAAAAUUUUAAUGAAGGAGACAUCUUAGAGUAUACAAAAUCCAUUGAAAAAUAAAAUNNNUCCCUACACUUUCUACAACAAGAAAUGCAACGUCUGUCCCUUCAACAAGAGAUGUUGAUGCAAAUGAGGGAACAGCAGGCUUGGGUUAUUUCUCCCCCUCAGCCUUCUCCUCAGAAGCAGAUUAGGGAGUUUAAGCCUUCAUCGAGGCAAAUGGGAACUCCAUCUCCCAUUGCAUCUUUUGCACAGGAUUCUCCUCGCUCUACACAUCAGUCCCCACAGUCUUCCAACAGGAAGAAUGCUUCUUUUCCCAUUAAAAUGCAAAGGACUCCUAGGCCAAAUGAAUUAAAAAUAACACCUUUAAAUCGUACCUUGACUGCCCCACGCUCUGUGGAUAGCCUUCCUCGUUUGAGAAGAUUUUCUCCAAGUCAGGUUCCUAUUCAGACUAGAUCAUUUGUUUGCUUUGGAGAUGAUGGUGAACAUAUAGAUGAACCUCAGUUAAAGGGAAAUCUUUUGAAGGAAGUCAAGCCUGCAGAGGACGCAGCAAAAGAAGAAGGACCAAACAUUUUGAAACAGUGUGAACAGAAGUUGGAAGAAAAGGUUAAGCCUCUUGAAUCUAAUGUUUCUGAAGUAUUAUCUCAGCCCAUUACAGAAACUGUCUGCCUCACCCCAAACGAAGAUCAGCUAAGCCAACCAGUUAAACCAACAACAGCUCCCAAAACAGCUAACUUAAUUGAAGUUUCCCUAUCAGAUUUGAAGCCACCAGAAAAAGCUGAAGUAUCUGUUGAGAAAUAUGAAGGUGAGAGUGAUAGAGAACAAUUUGAGGAUGACCAGAAAGUGUGUUGUGGAUUCUUUUUUAAGGAUGAUCAAAAGGCAGAAAAUGAUAUGGCAAUGAAACGAGCAGCAUUACUGGAGAAGCGUUUGAGAAGAGAAAGAGAGACUCUGCUUCGAAAGCAACAGCUGGAAGCAGAGCUAGAGCAUAAGAAGGAAGAAACAAGACGCAAAACAGAAGAAGAACGUCAGAGGAAGGAGGAUGAACGAGCACGAAGAGAAUUCAUUAAGCAAGAAUAUAUGAGAAGGAAACAACUAAAGCUUAUGGAAGAAAUGGAUACAGUUAUAAAGCCACGCUCCCUCUCAACCAAACAAAAAAAGCCACGUCCAAAAUCUAUUCAUAGAGAUCAUAUUGAAUCACCUAAAACACCAGUCAAAGGUCCACCAGUAUCUAGUCUUUCAUUGGCAUCGCUGAAUACAGGGGACAAUGAGAGUGUGCAGUCAGGCAAGCGAACACCAAGGUCUGAGUCUGUGGAAGGAUUCUUGUCUCCAAGUCGCUGUGGAAGUCGUAACGGGGAAAAAGAUUGGGAAAAUGCAUCUACAACUUCCUCAGUUGCCUCUGCUACAGAAUACACAGGACCAAAGCUCUUCAAAGAACCCAGUGCUAAAUCCAAUAAGUAUAUAAUUCAGAAUGCUCUGGCACAUUGCUGCUUGGCUGGAAAAGUAAAUGAAGGUCAAAAGAAAAAGAUAUUGGAGGAAAUGGAAAAAUCCGAUGCCAAUAAUUUCUUAAUCUUGUUCCGGGAUUCAGGAUGCCAGUUCAGAUCUUUGUAUACGUACUGCCCUGAUACUGAAGAAAUCAAUAAAUUGACGGGGAUAGGUCCCAAAUCUAUCACAAAGAAAAUGAUAGAAGGACUGUAUAAAUACAACUCUGACAGGAAGCAGUUUAGCCACAUACCUGCUAAAACUUUGUCUGCUAGCGUUGAUGCAAUUACCAUUCACAGCCAUUUGUGGCAAACCAAGAGACCAGUAACUCCUAAGAAACUUUUACCUACCAAGGCAUAGUAGAUGGGAACAGUUUUUGCUUCAGACAAUUAUGAUAAACUUGCACUUCAUCUUUACUGCCUGUAGGAAAUAGAUUUCUAGUUGCCAGCGAGACUCUUUAAAACUGGACACCAAGUUCUAUUAUCAUGCCCAACUGGAAUGUAAACACAAUAUUUAGGAGUACAGAAGAUUAUCACUUAGGUGAUACUUACAAGUGAUUAUGGAAAUGUUUGACUUGUGUGGAGAUUUGUAUGUGCUAAUACAAUAUAUAGAGUAUAUUUGCUCUGUAUUUUGAUUAGAUACACUGAAGCACUGAAUGUUCAUCUUUAGUGACUCAAACUACAUAUUUUUUUUACAUCUGUUGCCUUAUACGUUUGUACUUGUGCUUGUCUUGAAAUAUUUGUUUUUUCACUAAAGAAAUACUUCUUAAUAUCCUCGAUACUAUUGAACUUUACAUAUUGACUCUUACGGUGAAGACUAAAUGGUAAGUUAUGUGUCACUGAAGAAUAGCUGAAUGGAUCUGUUCUGCAGGAUCCUCAUUGUAUACUGUACCAAAAUCAAGAUUCAUUCCCCUGAAUACUUCUAAUUCCAUUUCAGUUAAAUAAUACUGGUUUGCUUAUAGACUGAACACUAAGGUAAACAUCUGUAGAUGCUAUCUAAAGAUACUAGAGAGAAGUUACUAGAGAGAAGUUACUAGAGAGAAGUAUCCUUCAAAUGAACUGAUUAACAACUCAAGGUAUAGUUAGAUCAUGCAGUUACUCCUGUUUUAAUAAGUUACCAUCCGCGAUGUAAUGACUGACCAUGUGCUUGCUCAUAAUCCCAUUAAAAUACAAAGAAAAAAGAUUUGGUAGCCUUCUUAAACAGUUUAAGCAAAUGUGUAUUAUUUUGCAUUGUUCCAGAUAAAGAGCGAGUAUACGGUCAGUCACUGCUUCUCCACGGAAGGAACAGCAGCUUACUAAAACAUUCAGAGCUAGAUCCCUGAUGCCUGCCUGACAGAACACUAAAAAUAUUCAGAAGAAUCACAUAAUUCACUAAGUCUCAGAUCUUUCAGAAGUUGUUUCUAAUUCCCAUUAUUUUAAGAUCUUGGCCACUAUCUGUUCUUCCUGCCUUCAGAUCUACCAUCUCAGACUUGCAUCAAUUUUCCAGGGAAUAGACAUCUGAUAAAGAGUUUUCUGGAUGUCUAAGUAAAUGGCUUUCUUGACACACUCUAACAGAUGAUGUCUUGUGAUGCUUAUUAGUUUUAAAUACAUACGGCAGAAAGCCUGAAUGACAUUUCAAUAAAUUUAUAAUAUAACCAUUUACAAAAACAGACUUGGAGCAUAUUUCAGUAUUAUUUACAAAGGGCUGCGUUCUAUUCCAAAACAGUGUUUGAUUAUUUUACAGAUCACUAGUCUGUUUCAGUGGGUUUUUUUUUCUCUCUUACGAUUUUUUUUUUAACAAACAGCACUGUUCUGAAAAAAACUACAAACUUGAAGCCUCCCCUAAAUCUGUGGCUAUUUUGUCAAUGUACACCAGAGGAUUAGUUAGGGGAAAAAUCUCAUUCUCAGGAAAAGACUUGAAUGAUUUGUGAUUCUGUUCUGUUUCAGUGUUGUGACAACUACAUAAACAUAAGACAGUAUUGUACUAUAAGUAUGUAGUCCAUUCUGUUUCAUGCGGAGUAGAGACUAAAACUAUGUUCAUAUUUCUCUCAUUAAACUGCUUUGAGAGAAAUAAAGCCUCACUACUAUGAUGUUCAUUUACUUAUAUGAAAGAUGCACAGGAAUGAGAUGUCAUUAAACAGUUUAGAACAGUACUUUUUUAAAUUAUUAUAAGGCCUUAGGCAUCAAUGCAUCUGGGUUAUAAACAUUUUCUCAAAAAUCCUGUCAGUUUUACUGUAAUUUAUGUUAUAUUUAUGUAUAUUUGUUAAAACUGUAAAAAAAAAAAACACUUUAAAAUACAUGUUUAAUAUGUAUGUGGCUCAAAACUAUUUGUGGUUAGCUGAUUCCUACUGUUUGCAUGUAUAUGACCAGAAUAUGUAACUCUUAUAUUUCAAGUGUAUACAUAUUGUGUAUAUAGUAUAUAAAUAAUAAUAAAAAGGGGGAAAGAGGGUUUGCACAUUCUGCCUGUUAGACAGCUCCUACGAAUACCAUUGUAGGAACACCUUGAAUAACCAUAUGAAAUUGUGUAUAAUAUGCAGUGGUUCAAGAAACGAGGCGGUUGGAAUUAACUGAUACACAUAUGGUGAAUAACUUCAAAAGAAGUUUUAUCAUGGGAGGCUUUUUCUUUCUAAAUCCUGUGCUAUGAUUUAACUGAACAUUUGCAACACCAUCAAGACAUACAUCCAUCUAAUCAAAGUGAACUUAAAUACAUGACAGAGGAUUUAUUUGAAUAAUUUUAAAUAUAUCUGAAUGUAUUAUGAAAUUUACAUUUGUCAACAGGUUAAAGAUCUGUGCGGUGUCUAAAAGUAGAAUGUGAAUAAUGCAGUUGAAAACUUCAUUGCUCGCAGUAUAAAGUUUUACUGAAUGCAGGAAAAGUAAAACUAGAUAUGCUUUUCCUUUUUAAGCCUGCAAAUUUUCUAAUUACAGUGGAUCUUUGGUUGGGAUCAUGUUUAAAAAACAAAACAAAAAAAACAAAAACAAAAAAAAAGCUUUCCAUAAAGGCCAGUAUUUAUCACUGACCUUAUCAGAACACACUGGUGCUUUCAUCAGGGGUAUUAUUGUUGCUACAACUGAAUUGCCAAACUUUCAUCUUAGUUUUUGGAGCAAAAUUUCAGAUUCUAACAGUCAUGAUAGCUACUGAAAUUUUUUUUUUUAUUUUAGUAUGACUGUUAGUUUUUAUUAUUUGGCUGUUUAAAGCCAAAUUCAGCUAUUUAAUUAUGAUUUAAUGGGCACUGUUAAAAAAUGUACAGUGUAUUGUGUGCUUACUUGUCCACUUCUAUGGAGCAUAGCUUCCAUAUUUUUUUCAAAUGCUGUGCUGUAAAAUAUUGUCAUUGCUACUUAUGUGGUACAGUGUAGUUUUUCCUUUCAUUUAAAUAAAAGCAUGGCACCAAAAAGUA